UGGAGCCGCAGGAGAUCCGCCGGGCACAGGGAGGGGACAGAGAUGGGUUGUUUUCUCACACCCCCCCCGCCCCGAGACCUGAGGAGAUGCAGCCCAAGUUCGCCGCGAUGACUCUGCUGCUGGCACCGGGGAUUCUCCGCGGCAUCCCAGCCUCCGGACCGCCUGAAUCCUGCUCCCUCUGAAUCCUCGGCGCCGGGUUAAAGCUUAAUUCUCAUGUUGUGGUUGCUGGGCUGCCGCGCUCCCCUGUCUUGCGAUGGGAGGUGGAGGAAAAGGGAUUGUCCGUGAGUCAACACCGAAAACGUGAUUAGGAGGAACUGCUUUCACUAAUCUGUUUCUAACCUUUCAGUCCUUGUUGGCCUGUGACCCCUCUCAGCUUUCAGAUCGAGCCUGAUUAGACCACAACACUGGUGUCCCUAUGGAAGCCACUGUUUGUAUCUGGCAUUGAGAUCCCAUGGAGAAGCUGAGGAGGGGGAUGGCUCUUCAUAUCCAUGAAGCCUGGAUACUUCUGUUUGUAAUCCCUGGUUUGGUCACUCCAGCUGCCAUCAAUCAUGAAGACUAUCCUGCUGAUGAAGGGGACCAGACCUCCAGUAAUGACAAUCUGAUCUUUGAUGACUACCGGGGGAAGGGCUGUGUGGAUGACAGUGGCUUUGUGUACAAACUGGGAGAACGUUUUUUCCCGGGACAUUCCAACUGUCCCUGUGUCUGUACUGAGGAUGGACCUGUUUGUGAUCAACCAGAAUGCCCUAAGAUCCACCCAAAGUGUACAAAAGUGGAACACAAUGGAUGCUGUCCAGAAUGCAAAGAAGUGAAGAACUUUUGUGAAUAUCAUGGGAAAAAUUACAAAAUCUUGGAGGAAUUUAAGCCCUCGCCAUGCGAAUGGUGUCGCUGCGAGCCCAGCAAUGAAGUUCACUGUGUUGUAGCAGACUGCGCAGUUCCCGAGUGUGUCAACCCAGUCUAUGAACCAGAACAGUGUUGUCCUGUCUGCAAAAAUGGUCCGAACUGCUUUGCGGGAACCACGAUAAUUCCCGCCGGCAUCGAGGUGAAGGUGGACGACUGCAAUAUCUGCCACUGCCACAACGGGGACUGGUGGAAGCCGGCGCAGUGCUCCAAGCGGGAAUGCCAGGGCAAGCAGGCUCUGUAGUGGGACCGACCCCCCGCCAGCGCCAAACAACCCUCUGGGGACGAUGAGGAAGGAACGGCCUCGAUGCUGCCCCCGCGUCCGACCUCCCGCCACUGCAGCAGGGUCACCAGCGACACCUGCGAGCGUCCCGCACAAGCAGAGAUUUGUACCCGCGGGGAAGGGUCUCCCUCUGCCCCCUCCUGCUCUUCUCUGGCUUUGCACACUGUGUAUCUGGUGUCUAGGUAUCUCCUCUGCUUUUGUAAUUACCAGUGCUUGGGAGGGAUGCAGUGGUCAGGUUUGGGGAGGAAAAAGAACGGCCCACGCAAGUCCUCAGACUGGUGAUGCCUUCGAGCCGACGAUCGGUUCACCGCUCUCACUUUCUGCGACGUGGAUCGUGGGGUUUUUCACAUUUAUUUAUUUAAAGGUUUUUUGCUAUUGUGAUUUUUUUUUUUUUUAAGCCUCUUCCUAAGCUGGGAUCAUUGGGACAAUACAGCUGUGAGUGAAGCGA